AGGGAAACACAUACUCCGUGUGACACUUUCUCAUUUAAAGUAUUCUCAGUAAAAAAAUUAAAUGUUACAUAUCGCUAUUCGUAAGGAUUGUACACGUAGCCUAAGUAUCAAGUGUUAGCAAAUAAAUUAUUACUAAUAUCUAAGAUUCGUAGACGGACGAACGAAAAUAAAAUAACCACGACGGUUGCAUUUCUCGCGAUGUGCAUCCAGCCAUUUUUGUUUUGGGAUUCUAAUUUUGAACGUGGCCACGCGCCAGUCUCGGCGCGUGCGCUCCCCAUCGCGCAUUAUUCGAUCACGAAUUCUUUUUUUUGAAAAGUAAAAUUCGAUUUAUGUACGUUUAAAUAAUACAUAAUCUAUGCUUUUUACGUUUCGUUUGUGUAAAUAAACAGUUAUCUAACUGAUGUAUGUAGUGAUAGUUUGGUAUGAUAUUUUUUGGGUUCAUCCUUCUUUUUUUGUAAAUAACUGUGUGUUACGGGUGCCUAUUUUUAAAGCUUGUUAUAGUUGAAUCCAUAGAUAUCUAUAACUUUUUAAUUAGGAGCCCUAACAGAGUCCCGUGCCGGCCAAAGACAGAGCGUUCCAAAUUUAAACCCGAUACUAAAAUCAAAUUAGAAGUUGGUAGUCGACUGUACUUUCGAAUGUGCGUAUCAUUUGAAUUAGUUAUUAUAAGGACCAUAGACAGUGAUUUGUUUUUUAGUUGUGUUAUUUGACAAUGGGGAAAAAGAAGAAACAUAAUGGAAGAAAAGGCGGGAACAGAUUCUUUCGGUGGAUAAAGAGCGACUUGCCUGAUGAGGAAGACAAAAAGUCGCCGGUACUACUUCUAGGUGUUAAUAAAAUAACCGAAUCGCCGUCAUUCGUGAGGAGAAGAACAACCGAUCCUCAUGCCACUGGCUCGAUUAGAUUCUUCCGACCACCGAAAUCGAAAUACACGCGGGGCUUAAAUGGCGACGAGCGGCUGGAGAAGAUUAGACAGGACCUCCUCGUCCACAAACACAAGCCCGACACGUACAUUCCAACAACAAGUCAAAAUAUUCACGUGGAGUCCGAUACAAAGAGGCCAUGCGUUAAACUGAGCUGUAUAGGCAAUUGCAUCUGCGAUAGAAAACAAUCGUCCUCCAAUCGAGGCUCCUUCUCUUUCCACCGACCAGACAACCGCCAAUCCUCUCUAUGUCCAUCAGAAGCGUAUAGGAAACCUGACGAUAGAGAUUCAGAUCAUUCAGAGCGAGAUAUAGAGUUUAAAUAUACAGAGCACAUUCCAGAAAAUCAACCGUCUAGUAGCAAGCAGAAUUCCUAUAACGUUACGCCCAAAUCCACUGAAAGAAGAAGUGUUUUGCUCUCUAAUCUCAAUGAGAGAUUUCGUAAAACUCUCAGCUUGGAUUCGCGGAAAAUUGAAACCAACCGCGUGCCAUUGAGUCUACCUAAAGAAUCUAGACCAAAAUCAUUAGUCAACACAAGCAACAUCUGUGUUCAGCAAUACAGCUCAAGAGACCCCUUUAUUGCGUCGAAUUUUGAUAAGUCCAGCCGGCCAAAGAAAAAACGGAAGUCUUUCUUCUCUUUGGAUACUUUUUUCGAUUCCAAGAAAUCGGAUACGUCAUCUAUUGACGACUACUGUUCGUCCAAAUAUAAGAGAUUUGAACUUGAGAGCGAUGAUUCUCCAUUAUUCAAACGGGACAGAGAGAAAACACCGGAUCUACUGAAUUUGCCACUUAUUAUUGAUUCUGUGCGAAAAAAGCAAUCGGAUACACGACGUCAAUUAGAGAAGCUAGAGACUCAUUAUUACAAAAGUCUUAAUAAACCGCAGACAGUUAUAGAUGCUGUACCAGCGGAUGCGACUGACGAACAUGGUUUAAACGGACAUUCCAAUCACCUAUUCGUAUAUGACGAUGACGUUGAAUACAUUGAACCUAUACGAAGUAAUUUUACAAGUCAGAGCACAUUAAUAUUAGACAAGACUGGCGAUACAUUGAAACCUGAUUCCAUAUUAACCAUUAACACUGAUGAGACUGAUAUAAGACUACCAAGUUCUACUGUUUCGCCAAAGUCUAACGAAGUGCGCAUAGAACACGACCUAGAUAGCAUAGGCCCGUACGAGAUAGAGGUUAAACCGACCGACCUUUUAAAGAAUAGCUCAAAGAAAUUGGUUGUGAAAGUAAUGGAUAAGUCCGUGGACUCUAUUGGCAGUUGCUCGCUGGACGUCGACGCCAGCACCGAUUUUUCAGAUACCACAUCAGGAAGCCUGAAUCUCUUAACACCAUCGUCAACUACUAGUCGGAUAAAGGAAUUCACAUCGCGAAUACAGGAAAGGGCUGGUUCCCUUCAACCAAAUCUCACUCCGACGCCACUCUCACCGCCCAGAACUCCAGAAGAUUCGACGCCAACGCCAAAACAUCAAGCUCACAAAUCAGAAAACCUCUUAAAACCGCCUCCAAAGAUCCUCGUAGACUCGUCCAGUCACAGAUCGCGAAGUCAUCACAAGAAACGCGACGAUCCACCGCAAAAGAAACCCAGCUACUUAAACUUGGCAUGCUCCGUCAAUGGUUACACGAAUCUCACGACAUACGAUUCAAAACUACGCCAGGACAUCAAUAAGAGCCGCGAGGCGUCACCCAUCAGGCCCAUAACGCACACGUACCAGUACAGGAGCGAAAAUAACUCGCUUCUCGUGCCCGUACCUGUCAGCGCUAACAAACUGCUGGUGCCGACGUUCGUUCCUCAUGAUACUCGGACGAAUUUGACACCAAAAGCGCCUUCAAAGGCGCACACGGAUCCAUAUAUAGCUACGCCCUCCCAUGCUUUUAUGGCUGCUGAGAAUAAGCAGUUGAAGAACGACUUCUUGGGACCAACAAUGACUACCACCAGUCGUUCGUAUAUAUCGACUGAGAGCAAAAACUUUGCGUCCUCAAUGCUUCAGAAGGAUGAAGUGGAUAAUGCUAAAGAAGUAGCCUUUAAAUCUAGUUAUUCGGAAUCAAAUUUUAGACAAACUGUAACAACGAAUGGCAAGGAGAGUAGAUUUAGUUCUGAAUCGUAUACUAUAUCGUCCAACGAAGUAUCGAAAAGGGUGGAGAUAACUAAGGAAAAUGGGGAACAGUUAACUAGUCCUAUGAAGAGUUUCAUACAGCAACGCGUGGAGCGUCUGUACGGACCGGGCGCGCUGGCGCAAGGUUUCUUCAAUCAGAAGCGGCACAAAUUGAAAAGCUCCAGCGAGGACGAUGAGGCCAAAGUCCUCACGGAGAAAUCUCUCAAUUGCCAGAGUGACAGGUUCGUGUCUCCGCGGAGGUCGGACGAAAGUUUCGACAGCGAAAACAACAGCCCAACGAAAGAGGACUCGACCGUUCUACCGGUCCUUAGGCAUUUGCGGCCAGAGUUUCGCGCGCAAUUACCAGUGCUGUCGCCCAGGAAGAGUAAGGCCGAUUUGUCCCCACAGAAAUCGGACAUUCCUCAAGAAAAGACUGAUGAAACGGUUAGUGAAGUGGCAAACGGUGAUACUGUGAUAAUAGACGAUGUUAAAUCGAACGGUGUGAAUGGUGUGGGGUCGAGUAACGGGGAGGUUGUUAAGGACGCGUAUUAUUUCAUCGAUCUGGAGAAGAAGGAAACCGAGAGGCUGAUCGCACUGGCUGUUGGAGCUGAGAAGGAAUUGGAAAGCUUACAGUUACAGAACCAAGAGAAUAUCAGCGAGGAAGUGUUGGGGUUGCUCCGAGCGGCGUCAGGCAAGGCUAGGUUGCUGGCCACGCAGAAAAUGCAACAGUUUGAGGGUCUAUGCUACAACAAUAUCAACGAGCGCGGCGACGAGCCCUUCCCCACCACGCUGGAGGACCUGCAGGGCUUCUGGGACAUGGUCUGUCUGCAAGUCAGGAAUGUGGACGCCCUGUACGCCCAUAUCGACGCGCUGAAAGCUAACAAUUGGCAGGAGAUAGCCGCACCAGUAACGAAACCCACAAGCUCGCCAGCCAGAGGCAAAGUGGUGCGCACUCCGCAGGUGAAGAACGAGAAAGCAAGAUUGGCUGCGGAGAAGAGGGAGGCUGACAGGAAGGCCAUGUUGGAGCACCGCAGGCGUGUAGCGAGAGAGCGGCAACUGGCCGCGCGUGCGACGGUCGCCGGUCAGAGCCAAGAGCGGGACAACGAUAUGGCUGUGGAAGGGAGUCAGGAGGUCGAGAUAUUCGUCGGUAAAAGCGCGCCAAAAGUGCUGCCGAAAGGCGAUUCGCUGAGCGCGAACCAAUCCGAUGCGUCGCUAGAACAAAGCUGAUCUUAAUACCUUAUAUUCUGCUUAUGUUAUAUGGCUUUUUGAUAUAAUUAUGAAUAUGUACUAUAAUCGACAAUAGAUAUAUAGCUAGAUAGAUACACGUAUUUAUUGGAAUUAAUGUCUAUGCGUAUAUGGAAAAUUUCGUCGCGCUUUUGUAAUCGUAAAAAAUUUUUGAACGUUUGUAGGUCUGCGAGUGCCUCCUAAAGGUAAUAACAUGUAUGGAGUGAUAUAGUAUCGUAUUAGAUGCAAUAUUGGAUGUUAGAUAUCAAUGAACUAUUGGAAAAUGUAGCUUUGAAAAAUAAUAAUAAAGUAAAGAGUACUUCUUGUGUCUACAUACAGCUUGAAUAAAUUGCCAUUAUUUCACAAUCGACUUCAAAAAAAGAGGAGGUUAUCAAUUUGACUGCAUUUUAUUUUUUGGCUUGUUACCUCAAAGUCUUCGACUAGUGAACCGAUUUUGAUGAUUCUUUAAUCAUUUUUGUAAUAAUACAUUCAUCGUCAUUAUUAGAUUAUGUACCUACUCGAAAAUUUUUACUUAAAAAAUUAACAGUUUCAUUAACAGUCAUACAAAAGUAUUAUAAUUAUUAAAAGCCAUAUAUAUAAGGUUGUUAUAUAUAUAUUUAUAGUGUAUCCAACGCUUCAGUGAGAGUAAAGUGACAUAGUGGAAUGUGUUAUAGUGUGAAGUGAAAUUUGAGAAUGCUACAAUAAUGUGAAUGUGAAAAUGGUUUUAUUUUAGUUUCGGUAGUGUGGAAAUUUAAUUUAAUUCUAUUAUAUGCAGUUAUUGUAUUUUUUAUGUGAUUUGCUCAACAAAUGUUAUGCUGUAUUGUUAAAUUAUUGAUGUGAACUAUAAAAAUUGUAUGCGUAGAUGAUUAAUUGUUAAACACCGAUAAAAAUUAAUCAUAAAACGGUAUGGAGAGAUAAAUUUCCUCUUUUGGACGAAGAAAAGGUGUUUGAUGCAAAAUUUGUUAAGGUAUAUUGAUAUAUAUUAGGUAACUAUGAAAUUUAUGAACUUAUUAAUACAAAUAUAUAUUGAAAUCAUUUCUAUUUUAAUAAAAUUUGCCAACAAUAACUUAUUACUGUGACUUAAGUAAAUAUAAUUGAGUCAUACGUUAUAUAUUGAUUUUUUUAUGGUACUACUAAAUUGAUUGACAUACAAACAAACAAACAAUCAUGAUAAUCUAUUCUCUAUUUAUUAUAGUUUGUUACAAUACGCAACUGAUCUGAAACCAUAUUCACAUCACACAAUUGUUUGUAUUAUAAUAAUUAACAACAUUUUGGCCGAUGGUAUCUGAUAUACUUUACAAUAUUUAUAUUUAUAAAUUUAUCAAUAAAUAAAAUAUAUCAAUUUUUUAUUAUAAACAAAAAUCAUGUAAUUCUUCAUUAGACUUGAUACAUUUUUCUUAAUAAUUAAGUAUAUUUAUAAACACUAAUUUUACUUAAUAAGUAUUUUUUAUUUGAAUGUAGUGAAUGACACAUUCUGCUUUGUAGCUACAUUUGUAUGAAAAAUCUUAUAAUUGUUUUUUUUUAUUUAAAUUUGUAAAACUCACGAAAUAUCUUUUGCUGUUUAUAAUUAUUACUUAGUUCAAAUAUAUAUGAGCUUUCUUUUUGUACAAUAACAUGACAAUCUGAUCUUUAUACUAUGUACAUCAUUUAUAUGUUAAAUUGUUAAAUCAUCAAACAGAUGCCAAAAUAUAAAAUAGAAAUUCGAUGUUUAAAAAUAUUUGUAACACUUAUAACUAUGAAAGUAGCACAAAACAGCAUAAUAAUCUCAAAUUUGGCUAAUUUAGUAUUUAGGGCUUCAAUGUAAUAUAUAAAUGAGCUUGUUUUAAGGUUUUCCUACGAACAUAUUAGUUAUUUGUUUGAUAUCUCGAUGAAAUUGUCCAUUUCUUAAAUUAAUUAGUUUGUUUGUCUGUGACUCAUAAUUGAUGGAAUGCAUUAUUGUUCACAAAUCAGGGAAUAUAUAUCAUCGACUGGUGAUAAAGAGUUAAUUAUUAAGAUACGUUUUAUUGGAGUUAUGCUAAUGUGUUAUAAUACUGAGGCCCAGUUUCACAACUUGUUGAUAGCCUAUUUGACACUUACGUAUAUUUUCAUUCAUUAUUAAUUGUCGUUCUAAGUGACAGAUAAGCUAAUCAAAAGUUAUCCAGAAGUGGUGAUACUGGUAUUAAUCUUGAAUCAUAACA